AUGCAUGAUACGAUAGUCCGUCUGGCCGAUGUGUGGAAGACGUGCAACAAGAUACGGGCGGCCGCGUUCCGCGUCGGUCUCAACCUCUGGGACUGGUAUCGACCGCUCGACCCUGAGGGCAACUCCUUAAUAUCCGAGUCCAAAUUCGUGUCGAUCCUCGCGGGCCCGCUGCGGUCUGUGAUCGGUCUGUCGGACGCGGAGAUCUCCCAACUAGCUGACUACUUCAGGGCGCAGGACGGACGCGUCCUCUACCACCAGUUGUGCCAGAUUAUCCACGGUGAAGAUGCUGGCGGACGUGAUAAAACAUCAGCGGACUGUCUCCUGGAGGCGUGUCCACCGCCACCGGAGCCAGCCUGUCACACCCUCGACCAGUGGCAGAUGCGUCGACUCUGCUGCUUGCUGGCCACUAUCGCCGCACGUGAAAUUCCACUCAAGCCAUAUUUCCAAGACUACGAGCUGGAAUACAACAACCCUAAGGCUGUAAUAGACACCACGUUGCCGAAGCUAUCCCGUCCGGAGAUAGACGCUGGACUGUCGACGGCACCUCUAGGGGAGACAGACGUGUUCCACCCGGCACUGACGCCGCCAAGACCCUCGAGACAACUCAUCGAGCUAAUGCUGCGAGUACAGGAGUUCGUUAUGCAACGACGUGUCAGGGUCUCCGAGUUUCUAAGGGAUUACGACCCGUUGAACUGCGGGCGUAUAUCACCCCAGCAGUUCCGGCGUGGUCUGGACGCGAUGGGUCUAGGCGCGGUCCUCUCGCCAGAGGAGGCGGUCUGUGUUACUAAGCAUUACCUAGACCCUAACGACCAGGAGCGAGUCUGUUGGAGGACCUUCGAGGAUGACUGUGAUCAGGUAUUCACAACGAAGGAAUUGGAGAAGCAUCCAACUGUGGUGGCGGGCGGGGCCGCGGCGGCGGUGGCGCUGCUGCCCCCGCGCGGGUCCGCCGAGGACUCGGGGGCGGCGCUCGGCGACGCCGCGCUGGACCUCGCCAGCGCCGCGCUGCUGCGGGUCCGUGCCGCCUGCCACGAGCGGUCGCUCGACCUGAGACCUGCCUUUUCGGAACACGACGAACACAACAACGGCCACGUGUCCCCUGCGGCGGUGCGGCGCGUGCUGGCGCGCGUGGGCGUGCUGCUGGCGGCCGCGCAGCUGCGGGCGCUGGAGCGGCGCUACAGCGACGACUGCGGCUUCAGCUACGUGCGACUGCUGGAGGAGGUCGGCCUUGCAUUACCGAUACCUCUAUACAGAUAUAUGCAGACACUAAAGAAGUUUAAAUAA